AUUCCUCCCACAAAGACCGCAGAUCAAACAAACAUCUCACAGAAAUUAAUAAAAUAGUAAAACCCAGCCUUAUGUCACUUCAAGGGAAAACACUCUUUAUCUCUGGCGCCAGCAGAGGUAUUGGUUUAGCAAUUGCAUUGAGGGCAGCCAGAGAUAAAGCCAAUAUCGCUAUUGUUGCAAAGACAGCUACGCCUCAUCCCACUUUACCUGGCACUAUCUAUACAGCUGCCGAAGAAGUUGAGAAAGCUGGAGGCAAAGCGCUCCCUAUUGUCUGCGAUAUCCGAGAUGAGGAACAGGUCAAGAACGCUAUUGAUCAGACCGCCAAAGAAUUUGAAGGAAUCGACAUCUUAGUCAACAAUGCAUCGGCAAUCAGUCUGACUAACACUCAGGAGACAACACUGAAAAAGUAUGAUUUGAUGCAUCAGAUCAAUGGUCGUGGUACAUGGAUGGUGUCCAAAUAUGCGAUUCCACACCUGAUCAACUCGUCUAAGAAUCCUCACAUCCUUAACCUUUCACCUCCUUUGACAAUGAAGGAGCAAUGGUUCAAGAACAAUGUGGCAUACACCAUGUCCAAGAUGAACAUGUCGAUGUGUGUUUUGGGGAUGGCAGGGGAGCUUCGGAAACACAAAAUUGGUGUUAAUGCCCUUUGGCCCUUGACCCUGAUCGGAACCUCGGCGCUCAAGUUGGUUGGAGAUACGUCAAAGAUGACAAUGAGAGCACCUGAAAUCAUGUCAGAUGCAGCCCAUGAAGUGUUUUUAAAAGAUAGUAGCAAGUUCACAGGCAACUUCUUGAUCGACGAGUUGUUUUUGAGACAGGAAGGUUAUACGGAUAUGGACCAAUACGCGCCUGGCCUACGCAAGUUUACCCCCGAUUUUUUCGUUCCAGAUGAGGCAGUCAAGGAAAUUGAGGAACUGAGGGCCAAGCAAGGCUGGAACUAAUAGCUUUUUUUUUAUUAAAUCGGUCGACCAGCGCAUUUCGCCUGUUUAAAUACUUUUGAGUUUUCAAUAAAUCAUGGGG